AUGGCCAAGCUCCUCUCGGACAACCUGCGGCUCAAAUUUGAGCCUGGUGCCUUAAGUAAGCAACCGCGGCAGGAAGAGCGAAUCAGCGAUCCCAAUCUACUGUGGCAGCCCGAAAGUAUUGUCCUGCGAAGGACAUGCCAUCUCGAAAACCCCCAGGCGGCCAUCGAUCCAGAUUUGGCGGAAGCACUGCUAAAAGAUCGGAAAGGAGAAGAGAUCUCGCCCACAGAUGGUCGUGCAAGGAGCUUGAUUACAAGCAUCAUGAGUACUCCGUCAUCAUCCUUCAAGCCUCCUGAACCGAUCACGACAGCUGCAUCCCUUUCAACUGCAAGCGCUCCCAUGGCAAAUGUCAUAACAGUACCUAAGGCUACUGACGAAUCCAGCAAGCCUACACUAGUGACUGCCACAAGGAAUAUUGGUCGAAAUCACCUUUGGGAUUCAUACCGAGCAACUGUCAAUGACCCAUCCGAUCCUGUCCACCCACGACAAGUCAUCCUCCAGUUAUCGGUCCUUCAACGAUUCCCUAGAAAAUGCCAAAUAGACAGACCAGCCUAUUGUGAUAGAAUUGAACGGUUCUCCAUCGCGCAGGCUAAAAAAGGUGUAGAGAGAGAAGCAUGGUUUUAUCAGAAAUAUGCUCCAUUACUCAACAAAGUCAAUAACAUAGUCCCAAAUUACAUUGGAACCUUUCACUGUAAACAUCCAUGUAGAGAAGAUUCUCCGACAAGAAUAGAUCUCUAUGCGAUGAUAUUAGACGAACCUGGAGAGUUAUUGGGGAGUGCUUGGCAGGAUAUACAUUGCCCCAGUAUAAGUGGUAAUAUCUGGCGAAAAGUAUAUGAAUUAUAUGAUUUCUUGCAUUCCCAUCAGAUCAUCCAUAAUACCGAAUUAGUAGCUCUGAACAUUUUUUACGAUAAGAAAACCGGCAAGGUUAGGAUCGCCAACUUUUUCGAUGCUCUGGUUCUCGCUAGCGAUAAUUGCGAGCCUGGCGAAAGGGCAGAACUAAAGGCUCAGAGGUUUUUGAGACAUGAAAAAGCAAGGAUAGCAUUAGGUAGGAGGAUUAUCGACUAG